GGGGCCACGCCGGGGCGGGGCCGGCGCGCGCGGGAAGCGCCUGUGGUGGCCGCUCGGUGCUGGGCGGCCGCCGCGCGCCAUGGCCUUCUCGGUGCCCGGCUACUCGCCCAGUUUCAAAAAGCCGCCCGAGACCCUGCGGCUGCGGCGGAAGAGGGCCCGGAGCCUGGGGGCCGCGCUCUCCCCCGGGGGGCGGCCCGAGCCGGCGCCCCGCCGAGCCGCUCUGGCGGCCGGGCUGCCCCUGCGCCCCUAUCCGGCGGCGGGCAGAGGCGGCGGCCCGGGCGCGCCGGGCAGGAACCCCUUCGCCCGCCUGGACAACCGGCCGCGGGCCGCCGCGGAGCCUCAGGACGGGCCGCCCCGGGCGCCGAGCCCGUCCCCAGGCUCUCGCCGGGAGCAGGACCUGCUGCGGGAGGAGGAGCCCGAAGGAACGGCGCCCGCCGACUCCCUCCAGAUUUCACACAGAUCAUUCUCCGAAUCUGAUAAGCCUUCCCCAGAAAGUACAGAGUUACCUGUGGACUGGAGCAUUAAAACUCGGCUCCUUUUCACCUCUUCUCAACCCUUUACCUGGGCAGACCAUUUGAAAGCGCAGGAAGAGGCUCAGGGUGUCGUCCAGCAUUGCAGAGCAACAGAAGUGACUCUGCCGCAAAGUAUACGGGACCCCAAGCUCUGCACUGAGCUGCGAUGUGCUUUCCAGCAGAGCCUGGUCUACUGGCUCCACCCCGCCUUUCCCUGGCUCUCCCUGUUCCCUCGGAUUGGAGCUGACCGGAAAAUGUCUGCAAAGACAAGCCCUUGGUCGAAUGAUGAAUCCCUACAACGCAUUUUAAUGAGUGACUGGUCUGUGAGCUUCACUUCUUUGUAUAAUCUUCUGAAGACAAAACUUUGCCCCUAUUUCUACGUUUGUACCUAUCAAUUUACUAUCCUGUUUCGUGCAUCAGGAUUAGCAGGAAAUGAUGUAAUCACGGCUCUCAUGUCUCCUACAACUAGAGGUAUAAGAGAAGCUAUGAAAAAUGAAGGUAUUGAAUUUUCUCUGCCUUUAGUAAAAGAAAGUGGCCAUGAGAAGAAGAAACCGUCUGGGACAAGCUUGGGACAUGGGGAGGAGCAAGCAAUCAGUGAUGAAGAUGAAGAAGAAAGUUUUUCCUGGCUGGAAGAGAUGGGUGUGCAAGAUAAAAUUAAAAAGCCAGACAUACUCUCUAUCAAGCUGCGUAAGGAGAAACAUGAAGUACAAAUGGAUCACAGACCUGAGUCUGUUGUGUUGGUGAAGGGAACAAACACCUUUACGUUGCUAAAUUUUUUGAUCAACUGUAAGAGCUUAAUUGCUACUUCAGGCCCACAGGCAGGACUUCCACCAACUCUCUUAUCCCCGAUAGCUUUCCGAGGUGCCACCAUGCAAAUGCUUAAGGCACGAAGUGUAAAUGUGAAGACACAGGUUGUUUCUGGAUACAAAGAUCAGUUCAGCUUGGAGAUCACAGGCCCUGUCAUGCCUCAUUCUCUACACGCCAUGACCAGGCUACUCGGAUCUUCACAGAGCGGGUCCUUUUCUGCAGGACUGUACACACACGAGCCCACCGCUGUGUUCAACAUCUGCCCACCAGCGGGGAAAGCGCUGGGAAAGGAGACUGUUCGUGAGGAGCUUGCUAACUGUGGGUUGCACCCUAAGACUCUGGACCAACUUAGCCAAACACCAGUCCUGGGGAAAUCAUCCUUACGGAAUGUGGAAAUGAGUGACUACCUUUAUAAUUGGAGAUCCUGAACGCCAAAAAUCAAUGGAAAAAAUAUCUUCACUCCUCCAGUGAAGAUUUUAAAAAAUAAAUGAUCUUUCCCUUGGAUUUUCAAGAUUAAGAACCUACAUUUCAACAGCAUGCUACUGAUUUUGUCAACCAUCUAGUUAGUAAAAGUCUUAUUUAGACAUUAAACUACUACAUACCCGUUCCUGAGCUCGAUUUAACAUGCUCAUGGCUUCAAGGUCAAAUGCAUUCUCACUGAGUCUUUUCUGAGCAAGUGCCCGCUCACUCAUUGCUGUAGAGAUGUCCACAGGCUAAGAAAGAAAACAUAAUUAUCUCAAAUUACGAUAGAACCCCUAAGUUCAGAAAAGUGCUCAUAUACUUAGUUGCUAUGUAUCAAAAACAAAAUCAUAGUCUCAUAUACCUAUUAACAGUUUUAUAAAGUAGGCAGAAGACUGAAAAAGGUAAAGUAACCUUGGGAAGCAGACAGGAGUAUUUCAGGUAAGUUACAAAGUGUCAGAGGAAGCAAAAUCUGACUGACUGCUUGUGCUCUGUAUCAAAUUACAAUCAGAAAAUUCCUUGAAAAACUUAAAAAUCUCCAACCUUCACUAAUAAAAGUCUUUUGCAGUAAACUGAGAAUUUUUUGAACCAUUUUGUAUUACUAGCAGUUUUCAUUUUAAACUGCUUAUCAGCAUAACCUUCAGAAGCAAUAAACAAGGUUCUUGAAUAACCAAGCAGAAAAUCACUAUCGCGUCAAUCACCUUUCCUCUACUCCUGUGCACAUCUCUUCACCUGGCGGCUUUGCAGUUUGGUUUUAAGAACUAAAUUUUAUCAAAAUACUCAUGUAAAUAAAUGGACCUCUUUUCACUUUAUGUACAUUCAUGACCAGUUAAAUAUUUCAGGGGGAGGGGAGGGAGCAAGGUACAUUUAAAACACUUAAAGUUGAGACAUGUUUGAAAAGUCUUAAGUCCUUUUCAAAGUUCAUAGUCUACUUGUAAAAACUUUAAAACUUUAUGCUAAGCAGGUGACAAUGAUUUAACUUUCAAAAGUUUUUCAUAAUGUCCAGGAAAAUUCUUAGGGCAAAUUCCCAAUUUGUCAGGUUUAUGGAAGGCUCAACCACAGAAGGAAAAAGCCAUCAAGUGAGUGAGUAUCUGAUGUUUUUAUUCUAAUAUUAAGAGAGCAAGUGGAUCUGUAUCAACUAACCAGUUCUUAAUACUUUUCUUCUUCUGACACAACAUAACCAACCCAUUAAUAUCUCCUAGUUAUUUCACCCAAGAAAAUUCAUUUUUGGAAAAUGCUGUAUGUCAUGGGAAGGUUUCCCUAUAUUAAUGUACAAAGAAUGAUUAGUAAGUACUGCAUGGGUAUGAUAGUAAAACAAGUUCACAGCUAAGGAUUUGUUUAAAAAGCUAAGUAAAGGCGACCUGUAAUUUCAUUGUAUAUUGUGUAUAAGACUUCUUUCAAAAUAAGACCUAUAUAGUAGAGAAGGGUGUAUGACUAAGAAUAAUUCUACCUCAUGCAUAAGGAUUACUAACCUUUCUUUCCUAACUUCAGAGCCCCUUAAUCACCCUAUCAUUUCUAGUUCUCUCUAUUAUUUCUUUAACAAAAUUAAAGACUUUCUUACAAAGUAGCACAACGUAUAGAUUCUUAUACAUAUCUUAAAAUGAAAGCACAAUUAAACUGAAUUCAUUCUGUAUUUACUAAACUGUAGAUCUCAUAAAUGAAUAUCUUAAUUUCUUAGUCAACUUAAUAAAUUACCCACACUAAUUAGAAUUAUUUUGGGGGCCUAUAAGAAGUCAGACUAACAAGCUAAGAAACUUUAUAUUCUCACUUUUCGUUUCUAUUAGAAUUCUGACUGCUGGGACUUUCUGGUCAGAAUUUAUAUUCCUUUGGCCUACCUCAGAUGUUUCCUAAAACUCUAAGGAUUAUUGAUAUAAUUUUAAAAGGCCCAUAGAAUAGACCUUAAUAUUGUUCAUUACCCUUGUCAGAAUUACUUUGGAUCUCAUAGCUGUCUAGGUAUACAUUGGUAAUAGGGUUUCAUUCUAAAAACGUAAACUCAGGAGAUAGUGGGGGGAAAUCUACCUACCAACCAUUCCCAAGCCCUGACCCCCAAUCUCCAACUAUAAAUUAGCCACACACACACACACACACACACACAUAAUUAAUAUGGCUCUGAAAACGCCAACUUUUCUAGAAUAAAAUUAAUCCUUCCCCACUGGAAAGCAAGUGAAUCUACCUCUCUAUGAAUUCACCCUCCUGAAGACAUUCUAUCUUCACACGGUUUUCUUUUUAAGACUUUAUUGUGGAAACAGGUAACCUAAUGCUUCAUCACCCAGGAUGAAACUUCUUUCAAAUCUCAGUAAUAUUUCAUGUCAAAUUCACAUCACAUUCUGAAAAGAACUUUAACAGAGCAACCUUGGAUGCUUAAUAUAAAUUUCCGUAAGAUAAAAUUACAACCAGUUUUUUCCUGAGGUAAUAUAAUUUCAUUUAUUCUUCAACAGGCUUAGCAAGUUAGCUGUAAGAUCAUGUCAAAGCUUUAUUAAAUAAUAAUUUGACUAUUAAUUUCAUAUCUUUUUAAAUGUGAAGAAAUAUAUUCAGAAUGCAUCAGGAUUAUCUUAACCUCCUAAAGGACCUUAAGAGUUUGUAUCAAAAAGCACGUUUCCCAGUUUUCAAGGUAACUCAAGAUAUAUAAUAAUGCAUGAAAAGCCAAUUAUAAAAUCCCCAAUGCAUUGAUAUUCAUGGGCUAGGCCAAACAUUUUGUAUCAGUAUAAAAUUACACCUACCCUUUACAUGAGCAACGUCCAAUGGAAUUUCCUAGUGACUGCUAAUGAGCACUUAAAAUGUGGCCAGUGCAAUGAAGCAACUUGACUUCCCAGUGGCUAAUGACUUCUGUAUUGGAGUACACACAUACAAACAGUAUACAGUAAACUACACUGUACAGUGAAGCUUUAGAGCCCUCACCAGCUUUUAAUGUUGCUCAGAAACAAGAAUGUGUGCAAGGUACCAAAAUGAUACCAAAAGGCCUUCUAAAAACCAAGGAAAAAACUUAAAUCCUAUAGAAUACUUUAUCAAGAUGUCAUCAGCAAGCUGUUUCAAUACACUAUAGACUUUCAACCUAAUGUAUAAAGUGUAAUUAUCUAAAGCAUAAUUAUAAUUCUGUAAUAAUAUUCCAGGCAUUAUAAUGAGGGAAAUAUUUAAUUUCCUUUUCCUGAGGACUUGUUCUGAAAUAUGAAAUCUACAUAGUGUUUUGAACAAUCCUAGUUCUCGCAUUAAUACAAACCUAUUCAGGUCAUUUUGCCUUCCUACUUCAUUGACACAACAGAUCAGCACUCCUAUAACCUCCCCAGGUGUUAGGGGAGCACACUUGCCCUUUCCACUGAAGUCUGUGCUCCCCUGGCUAGAGUGGUCUGGAGUGCAGGGGCAGUGCAGAACACGAGGGAGUGGAGCAGACCAGAGCAGGCAGAGCUGCCUCACAGCUGUACUGAUAUAGCCAUGCUAUAGCCCCACCCAAGUUUCCUUCUUCACUGAACCCCUCCUCAAAAAAGGCAUUAGGAAUAGUAAAAUACGUAACAUCAUUAGCACCAUGUAAGAUGCAUUUCAGGGCCUUAGGUUAUAAAUGUAUGUUCUUUAUCUUCUCAUUGAAAAAUCUUUCUAAGUUGCCCUGGCCAGACUCAGUGGUUAGCGUAGGCCCACGCACAAAGGUCUCAGGUUCAAUUUCCAGUCAAGGGCACAUACCUGGGUUGUAGGUCUGAUUCCUGCCACUGGUCGGGGCAAUUUGGGAGGCAACUAAUCAAUGUGUGUCUCUCUCACAUCAAUGUUUCUCUCUCUCCUCCCUCCCACCACCACCCCUUAAACAAAAAAAAACCUUUUAAGUCAAUUUAUGUCCCCCUUUUGUUAAUCUAACUAUUUACAUAGAUAGAACAAAUAUCCUAAGUGUUUCUUAAAAAGACAAUGAAAGGAUAUAAAGUGAAAAUUAUAGUCUACACAAGUAAUUGCAGGUAUCUCAAAGACAGCAUAAAAGAAAAAUUUUAAUUAUAGUGGAACUGUAAGAAAAAACAUGAUCUAUAUAUAAAACGUGAUUUUAAAAUAUUUAGCAAAAAUACAAAAGUUCAGUUAUAAAAGAAAAUUACAACUACAAAAACAAAAGCCGCACUAUUAAAUCUAGAAUGUUUCAGUUAAAUGUGUUCGAUUAGUUUUAAAAAGUGAAUUAUGGAUAUUUUUAUCAAAUAAAAUAAUCUAGUGCAAUGCUUAGGUUUAACUUAUACAUUUAACCUAAAUGAAUUAUAACAGAAAACAGAUAACCUAUUGGCUUAAGGAAAUUCAGUGAUAAUCCCAUCUAAGGAGAGAAUGAAUAACAAGGCUAUAUUUACAUUCUGGUAUGCUAGGAACUGUGUGUUCAAUUUCCAAAGGAAAUUUUCAUCUUGCUUCAAGAACUUAAACUAAAAACUUUAUAAAUCUAGAGCUUCUAAACACUGAAAUUUUUAGCUCCACUGGGAUAUGGAAAUAUUCUUCAGUAAUAAAAACCAAGCACACAUCCUAAGACAAAAAAAUACCUUCGCAUGUAAGUAAUCACUAGACCUUAAGGGAGGGCACCUUCUGGACCGCUAAAAUAUUUGUGCUUGAUAGCAAACCCAAGUUCUGUCAAAGAUUACAUUUAAAUCUUCUACCCAAUAAGUCUUUGCUAGCUUUAUUACUAAGAAUUAAUGCCCCUGAGGACAAUUUUUUAAAUAUUAGUUUUCCAACAUUUUUUCUAUUCAUUGCUAAUCAAUCAGAUUCACACAAAUAUGGUCAAAAUUCUGUAGUCAUUCUUUACUGUCGAUGAUGCUGGUUGGCAGUAGAGCACACACAAUCUGAUGAGUAGACAAUCCAUAAGAAAUGGAUUUGCUGAUCCAUCCACGUCUAUUCAGUUAUGUCAAAGAGCACUCAAGUGCAAGACAAUGGAAGGGAUUAAGAUUAUAGCAAAACUAAGAUCAAAUCUGUGACCUUUGCCUAAAUGUUUUAUGCUCAAUUUAAAGAACCACAAAAUCCAUUUAUUGAAAUGAAAAAGAGCAAUAGGAAAAAAUACUAUUCAGUUAAAAUAUUGGCUUUAAAAGACUUUACACCCCUGACAGAGAACCAAGAGCACUAAUGCUCUCAUAAAAUGUGACCAAUAGCAUUCCACAAACAUUGGUAUAUAGAACAUCAAUCUUAAAAACAGUAUAUUUCUAAGACACAGCUAAAUAACUAGAACUAAACAUUUUAUAUGAACAUUUCCUCUAGGUGUUUUAUAUUAUUGCUACAGAGACCUGAGGGGGUUUGGGAGGUGGGAGGAUCCUGUCCCUUUUCCUAAAACUUUGGGAUUGUUUUGCUUAAAGUUUACCUAUAUGUUGUUUGAGCCUAAUAAUCUUCUAAGGAACUAGCUUAGAGUUCUAAUAUCAAAAAGUUGUGUACAUCCUCCCAAAGGAGAAAUCGGCUCUAUUUAUGUAGCUUUAUUUACAGAAGCUUUUUCCCUCCUGUUUUAAUAAAACACUUCUUUAUACUUUAUAAAAUCUGAAUACCCACCUUCCCCCCCAAAUUUCUUUGAAAUAAGUAUUCUCAACUUUCAAUUAAACUCUGACAACCAUUUUAGAUGCCAAGACUAAGGCACCUGCCCCCCAUCGGUGUUAAGACUCAAACUGGCUGAGCACUAAACUUCCAAUAGAGAUAUGUAAGCAGAUGUCUAUAUAAACUCUGUCAAAAAGAAAUGGUCAUCAGCAUUCACUCAGCACUUGAAUAGUUACAGUCACUAUCUCCGCAGAAAAGCCCCUUGGAAUUCUGUAGUAUUUAUGGGGCUUCAUUCUAUCAGGAAAUAUUUUUCACAUCAUCACCCUGCAAAGUUUUUUCCAACUCUGUUAAAUGCGUAAUCUGCAAGAAAUUACUAAAAGCAUAUGAAUCAAUCAUAAUUUCUAAGUCAGUCUGUUUAGCCCUCUUAUGAUUUAUAUUCAGCUACUACAAAAUUUAAGUUAGUUGCAAAUGUCAGUUCCCCCUUUCCCUGUUCAGAUGUGCUGGUAGCUGGAUUUGGGGAUUAGCAACUGAGCUACUCAGGUUGUUUCAAUAAAAUACUAUCCAAACCAGCGACCCCAACCUCACUGGUGACGGCAUAACUUAGAUUUUUGAACCCUAUGUAACUCUGAUCAUCGCUGGUAGCUGUAAGUUGUACUGGCUAGUUUUCAUGUCCAGUCAGCUUCAAUGUAUAUAACUUUUCUCCUUUAAAAUGCUACAGGUCAAAACCCCCCGUGCACACACAGUGAAAAUGUCAUCUGUGAAUAGCUCAGGGGAAAAAGGUUUCUGAUUUGGGUUCUGUUCACUUUCUGAUUGAUCUAUAAUACUGGAGGUGUUUAGUGGAAGAUGACCAUAUGGGCGAUAAACAGAACCUGAGGUGAAAAGUACAGGUCUCUCUAACAUGCAUAUCCCAGAACUGCAAGAAAAGGGAGUGGGGAAGAAGUCCCACAUUGUAAGGGCAUCAGCAUCUAAUCCAGUCCUUGGAUAAAUGUCUGGGCUUUGGAAACAAAGGGCAAGAGGUGAUGACUAGUCUAUGGUAUUUUUAAAACUCCCACCUCCCCCCCCCUAGUAAUUCUCCACCCUCCCGUAUCCCCCAAGCGUGAUUUUGCACAACAAGUUAAAUAAAAGUAAACUGUUUAUUAAAAGAUACAGCAAAGGUACAGAUACAGAGAUACAUACAAAGAUACAUAUAUAUAUAUUUACAUAUAUAUACAGUCUUGCUGUUUUCAUGUGCACUAUAUUUAGCAGCACAUUUAAUCAGGUGGCAUUUUAAUGGGGUUGUUUUGACACUUGGCGUUAUUACUGCAUCAUGACAAGAUACAACUAUAGCCUCGUGAAAUUUUCAAGGUGUGAAUUCCACUUCUCCAACUUUCAUUAGUAGCAAAAAGAGAAAGGAGAAGGGAAAUGGAGUACACCAAGGCUGAGCAUUAGGUUAAACACAAGAAUUCCAAAGGGCCAAGGUAGCACAGAGAAGGGAAAUUAUUAAAAUUAAAGGCUAUCUGACAAACCACCCAGAGAACAGUAAGAAACCAUUAUUUAAGGGCAAUAGGCUAUGUAUUCAAAAUGCUCACAUCAGCCUACAAUGACCUUUUUCAAUCCACUUCUUGUGUUGAACCUGAGGAUCUGCCUCUGUCCGCUCAACCCCUCCAGCCAGUACAUUUGCUACCACCAAAAUCUAGAGCUAUAAAGCCUUGAAGCAAAACGGGAUGCUAAAUAGUUGUACCUUGGGCUACCUUCCCACAAGUGCAAGGAGGGCCCAAUGUUGGGGAGGGAUGUGACAACACUGUUCUCUGCAAUUCGAUGCUUUUCACUUUGUGGCUUGGUUCCACAAAGUGAAUUGCAUCGAGUUACUGUCAAAUGAGAAGCUGCGGGUUGUUUCAUCUGUCGUUUAACCCGGCCCUGCCGUUUACCCCGGCCCUAAGAAGAGUGAAACAGAAUCCAAAUCAGAUAUAAAAUAACAAUAAAAUGGCAGAUUCAGGUAUAAAAAAAAAGAAAAAUACAUAAUAUUCCUCUUACUUACCUCAGAGGGCAGAUUGCUGCUGAAAACAUUAUCAUCAUCUUUGUUUUCUUCACCAUUUUUAUCCACAGGAACCCACUCUCCGUAAACACUGUCUGCUUCUUUUUUUCGGUGCUGAGAUCCGGAUGACACAGGAAACUCUUUUGUUAACGUGACCUGGCUUUUUGGAGGCGUGGGCUUUGCUGCAGCAAUCUAAAAAAAUAAAGUUUCUCAAUUACUUUC